CACAUCAUACCCUCGCUUAAGAUCAAGCUGUCAACAAACAAUCUCAGCAUCAUGCUUACCACAAUCUGGCUAUGUAUGGCGUGGUCCCUGGGACCAAUAAGGCUGACAAACAACACUCUUCCCACCAGCAGCGCAACAGCCCAAACCCUCAUAACACGCACCGUACCACACCCGGCGCCCACCCACUCCACCGACGCCAAAUGCCCGACCGUAACCCGCACCGCGACGGUAUGCCGGCAUUGCACAACACCCGAGUGCGCCGUGAUCUCUGCCAUGACGCGCCGCUGCGACUGCCCCUGGCCGCCCGCCAGCGUGACGGUCGCGUGGCCGUGCGGCGCCGACGGCAAGUGCGCCGGCGUCAAGGGCCUGGGCUGCACCACCUCGUACAGGUGGGCGCGUCCGACGUCGGUGUGUCCGGCCAACCUGGAUCCGCCCAACAAGCCGCGGCCGAAGCCUAUGCGGCCUGACGAGGGCGCGGGCUGCACUGCUCCGCCGGAACCGACCGUCACCUCGCCACCGACGACAGCUACCCAGCCUACGGUGACGUCGGCUUCGUGCUCGACUCUGGUUACGGUGGAGGAGUAUCCGCAGUCUUGCAGCUGCGUGUCGGAUUUUUGCAUCCGGGACAGUGAAUCUCGUUACUCUCCCAUGUGGUUGCUCCAGGCUGAACAUCGCGACUGCAACCAGGACCCUCGCCUGUCCUACCAGCUCAAGUUGCACACGGUGCUUCACGGGCUUUCCGUUCACAGAGACCCAGCAGUGUAGCACGGGUACAUCUGCUGGGAUGCGAACUUAUUAACCAAGGCCUAUCCUCUGAACUGUGUGGCGGAGUGGUCAUUUUGUCUGGCUGGUUUUCAAGCGAGUGGUUUAUGUUGGUCCUAUUGUCCAUUUGCCCUGCUUCGUGGGUCGCAAGGCUAGUUCUUCGAAUAAUUGCAAGCGAUGCUCAAUUCAUUUCAAGGGCUGGCGGUAGAAAAUAUCGCCUUCUGGUAUAUUUGACACUUAAUAUGAAAAUGUAUCCCAUCUGGUCACUGACUUCCUCGAGGAGACGUGGUCAGGUUGCAUAAUUAGCGUG